GCUCCAAGUCCAAUGAACAGAUCGCGAGGCCGGGGGUUGCCUGUAAACACGGGUCGUCCAUCGCGAGGAAAGGUUUAAAUAGUGUGGUUUCCCUGUCAGUGUGGAAUCAGCAUGGCUCUGGUGCUGUGUUGCUGUGAUUUAACGCCAGUGUGAUAUGUGGUUUGGAUUAGUCUACAUCUUGUUUUUUCCAAUCGUUGAUUAUUGUAUUCUAGUGUGGGAUUAAGACUAUUUUCUGUACAGCGGUUUUUAUAUUUGUCAACACAGACUUAUAGUCAAAAGACAGCCGCUAACGAUGGAGGGGUCAUUCAUGAAGCGAGGUCGCCAGUGUGACGUGUCGGUCACCAAGACUCACCUCAAGUGCACCCUCAAAAAUAACCUUGGACCUAAUGUUCAACUGGAGAUCAGCCUGUCGGAUGUACUGGCUGUCCAGACACAGUCCAGGGACAACACGAACGUCAGCAGUGUCGUGGUCCACUACGCCGGGAAGAAGAAGGACAAGGUCCUCACCUGGGAGAAGCUGGUCCUUGCAGGACAACCGGAGCUGUGUAAGGAGUUAAACAACAUCUUCUCGUAUGCCUUCUCAGAACGCCAGAGACCCAAGCACUACCUGGUGCUCAUCAACCCCAGGAGCGGCAGCAAGACAGCCAACAGGCUGUUCCACAAGAAGGUGGCGCCACUCUUCAGAGCCUGCGGCAUAACCUUCAAAGUCUACGUGACCACAGGACCAAACGAUGCCAGAAACGCCUUUCAAGAUGUCGACUUCUCCACUCUAGAUGGCGUGAUAUCUGUAGGCGGCGACGGCUUCUACUCCGAGGUGGUCACCGCCCUGGUGCUCCGACAACAGCAGAUCACAGGGGUCAACCCUGAUGACCCGGACGCGACCCUGUCACCUCUGUCGAUCCCAGUGGGGGUCAUCCCCGGGGGGUCGGGGAACUACGUCGUCAACUACCUACAUGGCACCACAGACCCAGUUACUUCUGCUAUUAAAAUUGUUUUAGGCAAGACUUGCCCCACCAACAUUGUCGGGAUACACCAGGGGAAGAAACUUGAAGGCUAUGCCGGUCUUAUUGCCGGCUUCGGCCUUUUCGGCGACAUGAUGUACACCUGUGAGAAAUACAGGUGGAUGGGGAACGUGCGCUACAAAGUUCUGCCCGUCAAAUGUAUACUCAGCCGGCGACUGAUCGAGGCUGAGGUCGAGUACCAGACGACGGCCGGAGACUGGAGAAGUUCCCGGGGGUCGUUCUACAGUAUCGAGACGGGCAUCGUCGACCUGGCCGACUCUAGCGCCAAACUGGUGCCAGUCUUUGGAGACUCGGCGCUGACCCUCCAUUUGGUCAGGGAGUGUCCGCUAGGUGACCACAUCAAACAGCUGUCCAAGGUGGCCGAGUGGGCCUCAGGGGCGUACGACUACAACUUCGUCCAGUCUGAGCGCGUGCUGAGGUACAAGGUGUCCCUCAGCUCCCACCCCACCGUCCAGCCCGAGGGCGGGGAUGAGCAGCUGGUAGAGAACAUGUACAUGAACUGUGACGGAGAGGCCUUGAAGAUCCACAGGGCCAACUUUCAAGUCAGGUUACACACUGGUAUUGUGCAGUUGUUCGGCACCACCCACACAGGCGAGCUGGGUGAUGUCUCGUCCACAGUUUGACCUUCACCCUGACCACUGCGACCACCACGAGGAGUUCUCUACCCCUGGAUAUUGUAGUAUUUAUUUCAGCCUGUAAAAUACUGUAAAAACAUUUUUUGUGUCUCCCUCUAAUUUGUGAGUGCCACUAAGCAGAAAGUUUUUCUUACACAUACGGGAACCUGAAAGAUUAUUUUAAAAGAGUUUUGCUCUAGUACUAGGGAAUUUGCUUUAAAAUUGGGUUGUUUUUAUUGUUUAUGUUUUUAUUUCAACAAACGAUGUGCUAAACAUUACAGACAUUUUAAUUCAUUUCUUUUUUUUUCCUUUUUUUUUUAAAGAUAAGACUCAUUAAGAUUUACUUUAAUUUUCAAAUUUACUCUUCACUUUAGACCCCCAUUCUGUAAACAUUAUGACGUUAAUGUGAUUUCUUGAGAUGUAAUUAAUUAUUUGCUAAAUGCCAUGUUGACUUGUUGUUGUUAUAUGUACAUAGAAAUAUAUCCAUACAGGAAACAAUCAAAUAAUGAUUGACGUUGCACUAUAGCAGUUGUCUAAUUGAUGCUAAUUAGUGGCGGUAUGACCACUGUCAAGAUACUGCCCAUCCAAGGACCUCUAGCUAGCUGACCAGUGGCCACUACCUCUGUUGUUCAAUAAAACCACAGACUAAUGGCUCUACAACCCAAGGUCCUCUGUCUUUGCGCUGAGCAGUAAGGUCCAUUCUGUGCUUCAAAAUCCUCUUACAACAGCUCCAUAAUACAUUUUACAUAUGCCAAUACUCUUAC